AUGACCCGCUUGGCCCCUCCCUCCCUCUCGGAUGCGAUGCUACGCAAGAACGUGCGCGGCCUACUUUACCCCAUGUCUCAACUGGUAAAGAAAAGCAAAGGACGCCCCGACACUCUAACUCUGUUCGAGUCCCUCCUCCUGCGCCUCAGACGGCACGACGCCUCGUUACCGCAAUCUUCUUUCUGGCUGCUGAGAUUAAGUGCGCCGCCGGUGCGCCCACCUCAGCCAAAAGAGGCGUAG